CAAGAAGACGCUUAAAGUUCAGUCUACUGUAGAAUCGUAGAUAGAACACUUCAAAAUGAGUGUGAUGCUGUUUAUUUUCUGUUCCCUUCUGAUCGCUGUUGAAUCAUCAAAAUGUCCUGAACCAAGGAAACCUCAUCCUACUAGUUGUACUGUGUUUUACAAUUGUGUGAAUUUACCUGACAGUGGAUACGUCUGGGUGCCCAGAAAGUGCACAGAAGGCUUGGUGUUUCAACCAUAUCUACGAAUGUGCAUUCUGCCUGGUGACUCUUGGUCCUGUGAUACAUUAUCAACAGGCUCUGUUAUAACAAACAGGUAUGACACACCUGAGUUGAUUGAUCCAAACGAGACUAGUUACAUGGGCUCAACGGAGGAUCCUCCGAAUUUUUCUGAGCUCAUUGAUUCGUCCUAUGCUAGUGAUAAUGUUGAUGAAUCGAAAAAUGAAAUGAUGACGCCAUACCCGCUAAUUCAGAUCCAAGAGCCAAUGGGAAACCAACAAGAAAAAAUGAUAUAUAAUCUACAAAAUCAUUACAAGAAGGAAUAUUUGAUGUUAAAUCGUUUAAUGCAGCAUUUAUCGAUUCACAAGGAAAUAACCAUUCCCCUAGAACUUUUGGCUUCAUUAUCUACAUCUCCAAAAGUUACAACUGAGACUUCAGCCAAGACAGAAUUUUCUAAAGCCAGUCAGCAGAGUGUGUUAAUGAGUUACUUCAUACAGAAUCGUAUUCAACAAACCAAAUUAGAAAAUGGUAUCACAACUAAUGCAACACAGCAAGAUGUAGUUGAAUAUCCUGUAAAAAGCGAAGAGAAGUCAAUGCAGAAAGUGCAAACAUUAAACGAUACAUUAGAGAACCUGCUUAACGAUCCAGAGAACGCUGACAAAUUAAUUUUAAUUACAUCUAAUACUGGAGACAGGCAGUAUUUCACAGUUGAAAAAUAUAAAUCGCUCGGCUAUCGUGUGGAUUCUAAGUUUAUUCAAAUAAUCCCAUGUGUGGGAAACGUCCGUAUGCCGAACGAAACCGACUGCGCUAAGUAUUACAUGUGCAAACCGGAAACAAUCUCCAUAAUCGAGCAUUCGUGUCCACCUCACACGGGAUUUAAUAAAUAUACCAGGGUUUGCGAUAGAGAAAGCUACACCAAGUGCUUGAAGAACAAUCAAGAUAAGAACAAUGUAGACAGUGACAACAGAGCCGAAGUUAAAGCUUCAAAUAAGGUGUGUACAGAGCAUGGAAAAAUAAAAGAUAUGACGUCCGAGUCCCAUUAUUACAUUUGUUAUUCCCCUUCGAAUAACUCUAAUGAUUUGAAAUCUGUACGAAUGGCAUGUCCAAACAGUUUGAUAUUUUGUCAACAUAAAAAAGUUUGUACAAUCAGACGACUCUGCAAGGGGAUAUAGGGUACCUUGAGUUGGAGAAUUAAACGCGGACCCGAUCUCUGAAGAUGUGUCGGUACUGGAAGAGCUGUGGGCUGGUGAAGUUUGAAUUCGAAGUGGAGUUGCAUAGUCCAAUGCACACAUUACUACCUUUUCCAUACCGCUGUAACAUUAGAAUAUCUUUUACCUUACUAUUUUUUUAUUUACAAAUAAUUUAACUGUAAGCCUGAGUAAAUCAAAUAUUAAAUUAAUUUUUACUUUGA